AUGCGAAGGUUUGUGGAGCAGAGCGUCAUCACGUCUCUCGUGCCGAGACUCAAGCGCAGCUUGAUCAAAGAACCACCUUUGCGCCAUAAUGCACCCUUUGUGCGCGCGAGCGUGGCCGCUGUAUUUCGAUGGAAAGAAACAGAGCAACAGUCGCUCGAAUUGCUAUUUGUACGUCGUAGCGUAAAUAAAAACGAUAUUUGGAGCGGUCAGAUCGCAUUUCCAGGCGGACGACGACAAAAGAAGACACAAAUGGACUUGAAAUUGCCAGAUAGCGUCUCAGAUGAGAGGACAGACGACUGGGAGUCGCUUCGUGAGACGGCACAGCGCGAGACUUUUGAGGAAGUUGGACUGGAUUUGACGACAAAGCACGUGCACUGGAUCGGUAACUUGUCACCGAUUGAAUCGCAACUAAUACCGUUAAGUGUCAGCACGCAAGUCUACUUUAUUGAUACAGCAGCUGACGAACACAAUUACAAGCCAAAAGUGCAGACAUCGGAGAUUGCCGACGUCUUUUGGGUUGAUGUGCAAGAGUUGUACAACCCUCAGCGGUAUAAUGUACUCUCGUACCCAAUAGAAGACGCUCUACUCUCUCUUCGCCUACAUCCGCGGGUUCUAGCUAUGAUCAAGAAAGUUCUCGGUAACAUGUUGUUCGACUGUAUCUAUUUGCCACGACCAAAUCGUUCACCACCUGAUGAAGAGUGUCUUCCUCGAGAUAUGCACGAUUUCGUGCUGUGGGGAUUAACACUACGCGCUGUGGUGAUGAUCUGUGCUGCUGCGGACGCCCCUCUCCCCAUACGUUUAAAACCACGUCAUUUUGACUCAAAGCUCAUUGGAGACGUUGUGCUGUAUUGUCUGCAGUAUUCAGACAAGAUCAUUGCAGGCACAGCUACUCUCUCAAUUCUUUUUAUGUUCGGUCUCGUGUACAGCAACUUGUAA